AUGCCCCUACGCAUCACAUCAGCCCCCGUGUCUGGCAUCAAAAAGAGAAAAGCAACCACUACAACCCGACCUCGCGCUUCACCAUUCGCCAGUCAUGCGCGCUCCAAACCAUCUGCGCGUGGUAAAUCAGAGGGCGGAGAAGAUGGUGGCUCCAUGAGCGACUCCGAGCCGUUACCCGAUAUCGGUAACUCACAGUACCUCAGUGAGUCGGUGAAACUAGAUGGCGUAAUGCAAGCUAUGCGACAUGUCAAGGAAGCCAUAUUCGAGGACCUGCCGGAACGAAGGGCUGGCAUGAACAGUACCCGUAUUGCAGAAUUGUUGAAUGCUCGCAAAUCACUGCCACCGUUGGUCUCGGUUGCGCAUUUACAUACUGUACUGCAGGCGCCCACGCAGGUGGAGCGGGAGAUUGUUUCGCUCGUUCAAUCAGGGCAGAUGAAGAGAUUGAUUGUUCCCGGAAGAGGGAAUGGUGCCGCCGGUUUGGGGGACUGUUUGGUCAUGGCGAGUGAUUUGCGUGAGUUGGUGCAAAUGAGCAGUGAUUUAGAACAGCAUUCAAAAGAUCGGUUUCUGAGUAUUCUGGACCAAAUGUCAAAUACAUCCGCCAUCCCCUCUCUGGCAUUCUCCCGCGAAGAAUCUGCCGCUCUUGUACGAGCUGGCUUCCUCGUAACAGCAUCAUCAUUAUCCAAGGAAGCCGUCAAUCUCACAUCCCUACGCACCUAUUCUACACAAGUCGACGACACCAAGCAUGACUCAGUCCAGUCCCGCGCACCAGCAUUCUUUCUUUCUCUACCCAGCACAGGACCUUAUCUGCGCCUCUUAAGCGCGGCCCGCUCUCACUUACUGGCUUUAUUGAAACAGUCCAAAUACCAUGAAGCACCAUUGACUCUUCUGCGGGACCGCUGGGACGGCGCAGUUGAGUCCAACCGCAGCUUCAGCGUCGCGAAGCGGAUUAGAGGUGAAUUCAGUGGAGUACUACCGGGCAGGACGAAGAAGUGGAAGGAGUUUAAUGGGAUGGCGUUUCGCUGGAUACUGGAAGAGGCGCUUGGAGCCGGGCUUGUGGAAAUUUUUGAUACAGGAAGUGUUGGGCCUGGUGUUCGCUGUUUGUGA